UGCGCAGCCUGUAAUCCAAUCAGAGAAAGAGAGAGUUUAAUCCAGGUUAAUCCCACAACCCGAGAUAGAGAGAAGGCAACGAGGAUAGGCGGCGUUAAUCUCUGACUGCCAACCCGUUCAAGAGCUCAUCUGGCUUCUGUUGUUAGGGGACCCCCGGGACGGGACCCCCCCCCCCCCCGCCCCAGCCCCCUCCCCACGGAGAUGCCCCUUUCGGAGGCAGGGGCGGGAUUCGGCGGACGCGAGACCCGCGGAUUGAUGGAGCAGCGCAGAAAGUCGCCGGGAAGCUGAGGGGAAAGGACUCACCUGUGGAAAGAGGACGAGUCGGGACAUCAGGAUGGGGUACGACCUGGAGAGGUUCGUGGGCUUCGUGAACGAGGGCCUCCUGUGCUGCGUGUGUCGAGACGUGUUGCAGCGCCCCCUCCAGGCGCCCUGCGAGCACGCCUUCUGCAGCGCCUGCAUCAGCGGCUGGCUGCUCCAUCACCGCACGUGUCCCGAGGACAGGCAGCCGCUGGACGUGGGCGCCCUCAAGCCUCUCUACAGGUACAUGCGCAACGACCUGAACCGUCUGCAGAUCCGCUGCGUGAACGCCGCCCAGGGCUGCAAGGCGGUGUGCUCGCUGGAGGGUCUGCACACGCACGAGGACGAGUGCGACUUUGCCUUUGUUUCGUGCACCAACUCGGGGUGCCCCGCGCAGGUGGAGAGGCGAGCCCUGGACGCUCACCUGUCAGAAUGCAACUUCUGCAGCCGCGAGUGUCCCAACGGCUGCGGCCACACUCUCGCCGCCGCCGCCGCCGCCGAGCAGUCGCAGCACAACUGCGUGGCGGAGCUCCGCGCCGAAGUGGAAACGCUGCGGGUGGAGAUGCUGUGCAAGGUGGAGGAGGUGAGACGGGAGAUGGAGUCCCGCUUGGACUCGCAGAGGAGACACAUGGUCCAGAAGGAGUCGCGGCUGAAGAAUGAAGUCGAGGAGGUGAAGGGCCAGUUGUCGCGCAUAACGGGCGACGUGCGCGCCCUGCUCGGAGCCGAACGUCUCAGGCGACAAGAGCUAGCCGAGGUGGAGUUGGAGAAGAGGGAACUGCUGGAGCUCCUCAGAGACCCGCACCCAGCCAGGAGCCGGGGAGAUCGGCCGACGCCCGAAUGGGAACUCGGGUGCGAGCCGUUGCGGCGCCAGCGCAGGGAGGCGUCCUUACAUCUAUCCAGUCUCUCGCUUCACUCGACUCAGGCUUUAAAUGGAUCGGGGGGUCCUCCUUCGCCUCAGGCGAGCGAAGGAGCCCGCAAGAGCGGAACUCGGAGUCUGACGCUGGAUUGCAUCAAGAAAAAGAGCCGCGAGGUCACCAUUAUCUAAAGGAGACCGAAUCCAAGACUAGCCAAGAAGGACAGAUCCAUUCUUUUGUAUGUGUGUGUGUUUAAGACAAAAGGGCAGGGGCAGUAGGAUCCAGUAAUUCCUCAGGAAACCGAACUGCGCCGUAUCAGCUGACAUGAGUCACUCACAUGAGGAGGAAUCGGUUACUUUGCAGAAAAACGAAACCUCACUGAGCGAUUUCAACUCUCGCGUUUACGAAGUCACCAAAUUGCUUCGUGAUGCAGCGAACGUGACCAAAUCGCCGCCGUUUUAACACGCAAGCCGCAGUUCGGAGUUCCGUGGGAAAUUAAAUAAUGCACAUACUCAACACAAUAUGCACGGGAAUAAAUGCAAGUAAAGAGCAACAUUUAACUUGAUAAUAUAAAUUGUCACAAAUGUAACAACCCCAGUAAUAAACGUUGUUUGAAACAUUUUCGGAUGUAACUCGACUUUAGUCGAAUUGUUUGACAUGUGAAUAAACGGAUUAAUUUGUGGCCUGGCUUUUUACUUGAUGUCAUCAACAAGAGGUUAUUGAUUGCUGCUAGGCUUUUAUACAUCAAUGAA